GACAAGGCUGGCCAUUCCUUGCUAACCAUAGUGCCCCAGCCUCUUCAGGAUGAGUUGCCUCCAGGACAAGAGGAUCUGGUUAAUACCUUAAGAUACAUGCACUCACUUCUCAGGCAAGAACUAAAGAUUCUUGGGCUGACAGUGCUGUUGGACUUAAGCCAUGUGGAUGACUGGGCCUUCCAGGCCCCCGUAUUGCUGCCAGCUUUAAGAGCAUUCCAGGAGACUACACCAACUCCCAUCAGUCAGCUGUUGGUGAUAUUACCAUCUGAUGAUCGUUUUGUACCGCAUGAAGAAGAAUUGACCCUAGAACCUGCUGUGGAAAUCCGGCUUCUUUUGCUGCAUGAACUUCCACAUUAUGUGGCCUUGGAUCAGUUGACACCAGCGCUAGGUGGGACUCUGAGCUACUCGCCACCCAAAUGGGUUAGAGAACAUCAGGCUCUUGAACAACUACAAGAUCUCUGCUGUGGUGUUCUCCAGACUGUGUGUGAAGCCAGUGACCACCUCAACGCAGUGGGAACAGCAUCAAGUCAGGAGGAACUGUCAACUCAAAUCGCCUUGCACCAGGACACUAUGCAGAAAUUGCUUUCAGAGCCUCGUUUACUGGAGCUCCAGCGCCGGGGGGGCUCCUUGCUGGCACGGCUACCUCCAUCGGGACCUUGCAGUAAUCAAGCUGUGGAUGCCACAAGGCUCUAUCAAGAGGUAGAUGAAGCCCUUCAUGGACUUGUCCAACUCAGCAACCGGUGUCUUGAGUUAUUGCAGCAGGAGAAAAAAAACCUACAGGUUCAGCAGGAAGGCAAAACAUGCCUUCUGUCUAGUGACAGCAGUGUAGAAAAGAAGAGAGGGGGUCAGAGACCAGCUGAGGGACUAGCUGAAGGAACAUCCUUGGAGAAAAAACUGUUACAAUACCCUAGAUCUUCAGGGAAGUCACAGGUCACGCCCAAAGACAGUUCUGUUCCCCGAGCCCGUGCAUGCAGCAUCAGUGCUUCUUCUUCACCUAAGCAUGGCUUGUUGCUUGGGGCCAAGUUUGGUUCCUCUUGUAGUUUAACUUCUCUCUUCCAGCCACUUACUAGCCCCAAGGGCUCCCCACGUUGUUCUCCUGGCCGAAGCAAUGCCCUAGACAGCAGGAAGAAAAGCCAGGGUCCUCUCAGCACUUCUAAAACACCUGCAUCUCCAGCUAAUAACCUGGCAUUACGAGCCUUGAGUGAUCCAGGUCGCCCUAGCGUGCAUAUACGUGGUCUGGAAGUAAGCAGCCGGGAACUGGCAGACAGGAGCUGUUCUCCCCGUGAACAUGUGUUGUUGGGACGCAGCAGAACUCAUGUUGCUGAAGCACCAUGGGGGGCCACACCUCGCAUGGAAAGAAGGCGUUGCCUUGGGGUCCAACAACAGCUUUUGGUUGAGCUUCUGGAGUGCGAGCGGGAAUAUGUGGGUGCCCUUACCCAGCCCUUCUCUCUGUCUCAGGAGCUCGGGGGACAUGCUUGGACAGCUGAGUUAAGAUGCCUGGGCAGUGCUCUCCGGGCCACACGGGACCGGCUGCUGGCCUUCCAUUCCAGCUGCCUCCUGAGCGAGUUGGAGGGAUGCAUGAGCCACCCGUCACGCGCUGGCAGCUGCUUCCUGCGCCAUAGAGAAGAGCUGCAACUGUAUGCAAUCUAUGCCAAAGAUCACCACAAGUUCCACGCUGCCCUGGCUUUGCUUCGGAGCACUGGCAAGAAAGGUCUGAUGGAGCCACGUGAGGAUGGACAGAUAGCACACACUUUGCAGGUGCCUCUGGAGCAAUUGGAGCGGUACCGGCGCUUCCUAGGUGAACUUCUACAUGAAUGUGAGCUCGAGCAGGGGCCUGACCGCCAAACCCUACAGGAGGCCCAGCAACUGCUGGAGUCACAGGAGCAGCGAGGCAGAGACCUGCUGGCCAUAGAGCAGAUCCGAGGCUGCGAGAUGAGACUGUCAGAACAAGGGACAUUGCUUCAGCGUGGUGAACUCAUUCUGUUGUCCGGACGCCGUAAAUGCCAGCGGCAUGUUUUCCUAUUUGAACAGUUGCUACUCUUUACCAAAUGCAAAGGAGCUGAGGGUGGCUAUGUCUGCAAACAGGCCUUGCAGACUGCUUCCAUGGGAUUGACAGAGAGUGUUGGUUCUAGUGGGUUACGUUUUGAGCUUUGGUUCGGAAGGGGAUCAUCCCGACAGGCCUAUACAUUGCAAGCGGCCUCUGCUGAAGUCAAGCAUCAGUGGACAAAUAUUAUAGCCCAACUCCUCUGGAGACAAGCUGCCCAGCCAAGUGUCUCAAUGAGCUUGUCCUCCUGCCCUUCUCAGCGCUUAGCUCCUCUGGGCCUUGGCCCUGGUCCCCCUCCUGGUUUAUCACUCCCUGGCCACUUUGAGGAAGAGGAAUGGGACUUAGAUGUCAAGCCCAUCCCGAGAGCUCACACCUCUGGGUCAGAGGGAACCUCCCCAAGCCACCAUGAACCACUUAGGCAGGGGAGAAGUUCACUGCCUGGCAGCAGCUCUGCUUUAGGACAACAUCAGUCGCGUUGGGUGUGGAGCCUGCAUCGGAAACUCUUCUCUCCAGGAAGCCAUGGACGGCAAGAUUCAGUUCCUAGGGAUUCUGGGAACAGGACAGUUUGAGAUCAUUGCAGCAACUUGGGGAUUGGGACACAAAUGGAUGGUCAUAUUCAACAAUAUUGUGACUUGCUCCUACGCAUUUCCUGAUGGCUCUUCAACCACUCCACAGAAGCAUCUAGAUCGGUCAUAUUCCACGGUGGGAUUUCCAUGUCCUGCCUGAUUACUACUCAUUGAGUGCCUUUUCUGCCAUUUUCUUGGAUUGUGAAGCUCAACUAGGAAACUUCCAGGUUCACCCAAAUUAAAAGUUGCUGGGAAAGAGGGAACUUGGUGGGUUGAAUCAUCUUCUAUUGAGGAUCAAAUAUGGUAAUACCCAGUGUAUAUGAAUCUGUGCAUUUAUUGGUUACCCUAUCUCCAGUCUUAACCUUUAGUCUUAAAAUUGAUUGGUAUUUUCUCUCUUCACUGGGUGUUGAAAGAAUCUAGGCUGCAGUUGUUAGGCAACUACAGUAUCAAUUUCCUGAACUUUCUCCAAGAUAAUUCUAGAAUAAAAGGAAGAACGAGGGCAUCUGGGCUACAUAGAAGGGUAUGUGAUUGCCGUAUAAAAAAACUAUUCCCUUCUAAAAUAGGAUCAGUUAUCUUUAGGUGAGUUUCUCAAGAUAAGAAGAGUAAUAACAGUAUAAGAAUGAUGUACAGUAUGCACAAUGCCAUAGAUUCUCUCAAGAUAACAAUUUCUCUGGGAUUGUGCCACUUUAGAAUGCAAAGAAGGUGCUUGUCAAUUUGUAUUGGGAUUUUGAGUUUUUUGUUUUGCAUCUUAUUUUGUAGAGUAAUCAGCAUGGCAAGGAGAGUUAAAAUAUGUUAGAUAUCUAUUUUAUGUUUGUUAAUACUUCUAUGCAGGGAGUUUUGAUGAAGAGCUCUUGGUUAAACUAUACCCCUAUAUUCUUGCAGUUUGAAGAAACAUGAGAAUCAUUGUUUCAUGAUUACCCCGAGCUUAAGGAAGAGAUCCUUGAACUGCAAACAUACAUCUUCAAUUUUCAAAAUUAUUUUUGAGAUGAUUAAAUAAUAUAACCAACAUGGCUUGUUUAAGGAACAAGAUUUGUACAAAACCAAUUUCCAUGUGAAAAUCUAUUGCAGUGUGAGUGAAAAUAUCAAAGACUGGGGAAGAGGGAUGGUUGCUUUUCCCUGUAGCAUAAAGUUGACUUGUUUGGUUUUUUUAUAUGCAGUUUACUAUAAUUCUGAUUGGGGGAAGUAAUCUAUAAAGAAGUAAAAAUGGUGCUAUAUUUAGAAUUGAACAAGAGUUUCUAAUUUUUGAACGGGGGGAAGCAAUGUGACUGUACUACUGGAUACAGAUUUUUUUUAAUUUGGUAAGUUGAGUUAUUUGGCAUCUGUCCCUUUUUUAUAUAUCCUCUAGGAAUUUAAUAUAGGACUUUAUUUUUUUGCCCACAUAGAAAAAGUGAUAAAAAUCACUGAGGUAAAUCCAUAUUAAGAUAC